UUUCUUUUCUCUCGUGAAUUGUAUAUUAAAUGCAAUUUUAUAAUUGAAAGUUGAUUCGAUUUCAUCUGAUCUGAUCAAUGCAAUGGCAGAUUCUACAGAGAAACCAAUGGAUAAAAGGGAGAGAGCUAAAGAACGUAGAGAGAAACGUCGUCAAGAGAUCUCUCUAAUUCGAUCUAUUCCUUAUUCAGAUCACCAGAGGUGGUGGUCUGCGGAAACUAUAGCUGUGGUAACCGGUGCAAAUAGAGGAAUUGGAUUUGAGAUUGCUCAUCAGCUGGCAUUGCAAGGGAUAACAGUCGUUCUUACAUCAAGAGAGAUUGCUGUUGGUGAAGAAUCAGCAAAGGUCCUACAAGAAGGCGGCUUGAAAGUGGUCUUCCAUCAACUGGAUGUUCUAGAUCAAGAAUCAAUCGAUACCUUUUGUGCCUGGAUAAAAGAAAACUAUGGUGGUAUAGAUAUUCUGAUUAACAAUGCAGGAUUCAACCAUAAUGUCGGGUCAGAGAAUUCUGUUGAAUUUGCUGAUAAAGUCAUCGCUACAAACUAUAAUGGCACCAAAAAUAUGAUUAAAGCCACCAUCCCAUUGAUGAAGCCUAACCCUGCAGGUGCUCGAAUUGUUUCAGUAAGCUCGAGACUAGGAAGACUUAAUGGCAGGAAAAAUAGAAUUUCUGAUGAUGAAUUGAGACAACAACUAGAAGACCCUGACUCAAUAACAGAGGAGCUAAUUGAUGGAACAGUGAAUAAGUUCCUGGAACAAGUGAAAGAUGAGAGUUGGACCUCUGGAGGAUGGCCUCAAAACAAUACAGACUAUUCACUGUCAAAACUUGCAGUGAAUGCAUACACAAGGCUGGUGGCCCGGGAACUUGCAGAUCGACCAGAAGGUGAAAAGAUUUACAUCAACUGCUACUGCCCAGGUUGGGUCAAGACUGCCAUGACUGGUUGGGCAGGUCAGAUUACACCUGAAGAAGGAGCUGACACAGCAAUAUGGCUUUCCUUGCUUCCAGAUAUGCGUAUAAGCGGCAAAUUCUUUGCUGAAAGGCGUGAAAUACAUUUCUGAUAGUAGUCACCUUGAAGUAUGCCAUAUACACCUUCCUUGACUAAAGAGCAUUAUACGUGAAAGCUAAAUUUGAUUUAAUGAUC